AUGGCUGCGAACGCUGUGACAGUUAUGUAGAAAUUUCAUUUUUCUCUCCAAGUUAUGUGUAUUAUCAAAUUUUUCGAAAGAAAAUAAUGAGUGUAUUUUGAAAAAAGAAGAAAAGUGAAUAAAGUAAUGUGUGCUUUGUGGACGUUUAUGAACAAGUGUAAACAAGAGUGCUUCUUUGACAGUGUUGUAGCAAAGUGUAAACCAGUGUAAAGAGUGUAAACAAACAUAAGCUUUAUUUCCUCCUAUAGAAAUUCUUUUGUUUAUUACAAAAUUCUAUUAAUUGCAUUUAUACAUUUAAUUUAAUAUUUAAACAUGACAUCUAAUCUGUCAGUAUUAGCUACUUACGAUGAACUUGUUCGAUGUACGAACGUUCUUGUCAAUGGAUCCUGUGAAGGAGAGUUUUUACAAUUCGCGAUAAAUCAAGAAGAAUUGAGGCAAAAAUGGCUGCAGUCAGUUCAAGAAUGUCAGAGGCUUCAUUCAGUUCUGGAUAAGGCUCAUCAUGAAACUGCAGAUCUCGACAGGAAGUUGAGUCAUGCGAGGAGAUUACUUGAUGAAGAGAAGCGAAAACGAAGAACUGCAGAGGAGCAACGAAAUUCUCUGGAACGUCAAAUGGCAAUGGCACGUGACUUUUUAUUCAACGACGGUGGACGAAAUUUGAAUGAUGAGACUAGAGAAAAACUCCAGUUUUUAAAUAACACCACAUUGAAUGGUCGUCACAGUACUGUCAAUCUAAAGGAUCAUUAUCAAACUGAUAAAUUAAAAACGAUAACAGAGCUGGACUCUACUGGCACAUUGUUGAGCGAUUUGAGUUGUUUUUCAAAAUCGGAAGACGAUUUGGAUACGAGUAUUAUUCUACAGCAAAGUAAAAAGAAACGCGAGUGGAAGGAACAUCGUCCGAGUGGUGAAUAUUCUGGAAAGAAAAGGAGAAGUGUCAUUAAAUCCACGGAUUUAAAUAGUUCGGAUCGAAUUAUUGCUACAACUACUGUUACAGUGCCGAAAGAUGGUAAUAUCACGGCAUCAUCGAUUAUUGAAACAGUUCCCGCCGAUGAAAAUAACGAUCCACAAACUCCUGUACAAUCGUCGCGUAAACGACGCAAGAGUGAAGAGUCAAGAAGAUCAAAGAAUGCUCGAACAGACGCCACUGAUACUCCAAUUGUGCCUACGGCACCACGAGCGGAUGCUUUAACUUCAGAGUCAGAAUCAGAAACUGUUUUCAAACCGAGUCCUAAUAUUGGUGGAUAUACUCUGAAUACAAAGACAGCGCGAGGUCACAAUUUCAGCGCGAAAACCGUCAUAAAACCGGAAGCUUGUUUGUCAUGUGGUAAAAGAAUACGCUUCGGAAAAGUGGCACUAAAGUGUAGAGAUUGUCGUGCGACGACUCACGUCGAAUGCAAGGAUUUACUACCUCUCCCGUGUGUUCCAGCCGGAAAUACACCCACAUUACGUGGUGCAUCGGGUACAAUCGCAGAUUAUACUCCCAUGACUCCGCCAAUGGUACCCUCUAUCCUCGUGCAUUGCAUCAAUGAAGUGGAAUUGAGAGGAAUGAACGAACAAGGUUUAUAUAGAGUUAAUGGCGGAGCGAAUGAUGUGAAAAUAUUAAAAGAAAAAUUCCUCAAAGGAAAAGGAGCCCCGAAUCUUUCUGAAGUUGACGUAGCCACUAUUUGUUCAACUCUCAAAGAUUUUCUCAGAACAUUACGAGAACCUCUAAUAACGGUGGGUUUAAGGGACGAUUUUAUACGAGCGACAACAAUUCCCGAUAAACAGGAUGCUGACGCGGCACUUUAUCAAGCGAUUUCAGAACUUCCGCAACCAAAUCGUGAUUCUCUUGCAUUUUUAAUUUUACAUUUGCAAAGGGUAUCAAGUAGCACCGAAUGCAAAAUGCCGAUAAGCAAUCUCGCAAAGAUAUUUGGACCGACUUUAAUUGGCUACAGUUGCAAGGAACAAACUGCAACUGCAAUGCUUAAUGAAACAAAAACACAAGCUACUAUCGUCGAAGGCCUUUUGAAAAUACCAUCGGAUUAUUGGGCUAAUUUCGUCAAUUCGGACUGUUUGAGUAAAGUCGGAACACCGAAAGUGGCAACAUUGAGACAUACACCAUCCACGGAGUCACUUUUAAAACGCACAGCAUCUCGUGGAUUUUUUCACACGCCAUUAGGAAGCAGUCGAACAUUUUUAAGGAAAAAUAAGAAAUACUUCGCCACACCGCCGUCAAAAACGAGCUCUAAAUAUUAAUAAGGUAAUACUCACGAGCGCAUUUAAUACGCAAAGCUUUAUUUUUUCACUCGUACUUAAAUAAUGUCCUAAUUUUUUUUUUAAUUUCAAAAUAGGAAACUACUACAAAUUCACUACUUUUUAAAUUUUAUUUUUACAAUUUUAACUGCUAAAAGUAUUUUUUUUUCUAAAGUAUUUU